UCGAGACAUUGUUGCAAAAUAAACCUGAGACUUGUCGAGCUAGCUGCCUGUGAUGGUUCUCUGGAUUCGAUCGGGAACGGUGGCCGAACUAUUCUUCAGUCUGAGGAUAAGCUACAGUUCAACAACUAUUGGAUAUGGUUUGUCGUUAUCUACUAGACCGCGUGGCAUACAUUAUUCAUCCAACUAGUGGUAGGCAAUACAUUUUACAGUGUACCGUAUUGUAGCCUAUACAGUAGUCUUUGUUUUGCAUUAGAGGCGAGACCAGAAAAUUGUCACUCUUUCCCAGAAUAUUUAUUACACAUUAAUAACAUUAUCAUUACUUACACAAUAGUAACACUAUCUUCACUUACACAAUAGUAACACUAUCUUCACUUACACAUUAGUAACACUAUCAUUGCAAAAUAAGAAAUGGAUGAAUCAAACGGUCCUUCAAAAAGGACUAUUCUGUGUUUAUUUGACGUGGACGGCACUCUUACCCCACCGAGAGAGAAAAUUGACCCUAAGCUGGAUGAGUUUUUCCAGUCUCUGCGCAGGAAAGUGAAGAUCGGCAUAGUGGGUGGAUCAGACUACUCAAAGAUCGCAGAACAGCUGGGGGAGGGAGAUGAAGUGAUACAGAAGUUUGACUAUGUGUUUGCUGAGAAUGGCACAGUGCAGUACAAAGACGGGAAGCUCCUUUCCAAACAGGUGGGUGUCACUGAGGCCAUCCAGAACCAGAUAGGAGAGGAACUACUGCAGGACCUCAUUAACUUCUGUCUCAGCUACAUGGGGCUGAUCAAGCUUCCCAAGAAAAGGGGCACCUUUAUCGAAUUCCGCAACGGAAUGCUGAACAUCUCCCCCAUUGGCCGGAGCUGCACACUUGAGGAGCGAAUCGAAUUCUCUGAAAUUGACAAGAGAGAGAAAAUCCGGGAGAAGUUUGUUGCGGCCCUGCAGGAGGAGUUUGCUGGGAAGGGUCUACGAUUUACUAGAGGUGGUCUCAUCAGUUUUGACGUGUUCCCUGAAGGCUGGGACAAGAGGCUCUGUCUGGACGUGCUGGAGGGGGAGGGCCUGGACACUAUCUACUUCUUUGGCAACGAGACGUCGUCUGGGGGAAACGACUAUGAGAUCUUCAACGACCCGCGCACCAUUGGUUUCACAGUAUACUCACCAGAGGACACAGCCAGGCACUGUCGAGAGAUUUUCUUCAAAGCUCCCACCAAUGAGUCGUGAUAAAUCGUGCAGCAGGCACUCUCACAGUCAGCAUCCCCUGGGUUCCCCCUGUUGUUGAGGGCAGUUACUAAGAGCACCUGAAGGAGAAGAGCUGGGAAUGGGAGGUAAACCACUACAGAUUUCUAAUCAAUGCGUUGUUGUUGUAUAAUAUUACUCUAACUAGCACUGGGCAUAUAAAGGGAUCAUCAGUAAUUCACAUUGGCUGGACUCCCAUGGAAAGUACUAUGAGAUGUGGACAGAUCUGCUUUUGAAAAGGGAUGGUAGCUCAAACAAUGGAAGUUUACUAAUGUUUUCAGUUUUUUAUCAUGACUAAGUGUUUCUCUAAGGUUUUCAUGUAAUAUCUGACUAUUUAACAUCUAUCAACCCAAUGGUUUUUGUAGCGUGUCCCUGUAUUUGUAUGUAACAUCAAAUGAACCAUAAUGUCUUAUAGGCCCUCCUGUAAGACAAUCGUCUUGUGAAUAUCAUGUGAAGAUGUCUAUACAUUUUGAGUAUAUAAUGUAAAUACCCACUUGUGUUUUGCACUAACAUUGAUACAGUUAUCUGACUAACUGGGUUUUGGAUCAUUUGUUUUCUUUGUGAAUGUAGGAAGUGACUGGUGUUGUCUUUGAACAAAAUGGAGCGAGACAGGAGAGAGAAAAUGUUUUUUUUUGCUCUGUGCCAGUCCACUUUCAGAUUAAGUGCCAAUAGAAAGUCUGCAUCCCCUUGAAUUUGUUUCACACUUUGUUGUGUUACAAAGUGGGAUUGAAAUAGAUUCAUUGUAAUUGUUUGUCAAGUUUUUUACAAAUGUAAAAA